AUGACUCCUCUACAAAAGUCACUCUUCCAUUCUUUCAACCAAUACCGAGAUGUUGCCUACUGCAAUCGUGAUAUCGACAAUGCUAAGGAAAUACGCAAAGCCUAUGCGCUUCAUGCACUCAACCAUGUUUUAAAAACAAGAGACCGAGUCCUGAAGAAUAACGAGCGUAUCUCUAAAGCGCAAAAAGCAAAUCGCGAUAUCGAAGAAAUGCGAGAUCAGGGCUUCACUCGACCAAAAGUGUUGAUUUUGCUGCCUUUCCGAAACACAGCAGUGGAUGUUGUCACAGCUCUUAUCGAACUUUCAGGUAGUGAGCAACAGGAGCACAAGAAGCGUUUUUACGAUGAAUUCAACCUUCUGGAAGAGGAGGAAGAAAAGGCUGAUAAGCCCAUGGAUUACCAGGAAACGUUCAAUGGCAACAUUGAUGACCAUUUUAGACUUGGUAUCAAAUUCACGCGUAAAACAAUGAAGCUUUAUUCCGACUUUUACAGUGCCGAUAUAAUCAUCGCCUCUCCGCUGGGCCUAAGGACCGUGAUUGGAGCGGAAGGUGACAGGAAAAGAGAUUUUGAUUUCCUGUCGUCUCUCGAAGUCAUUAUCAUGGAUCAGACUCAGCAGUUCCUAAUGCAGAAUUGGGAUCAUAUAGAUCACAUCUUGGAGCAUGUAAAUUUAAUACCCAAAGACGCUCAUGGAUGUGACUUUUCUCGCGUCAAGAGUUGGUAUUUGGAUGGAAGAGCAAAGUACUUGCGACAAAACCUUGUGUUCGCAGAUUUUCUAACUCCAGAGAUUAACGCUAUGUUCAACAAACAUAUGAAGAAUGUUGGCGGCAAACUGAAGAUCAAGCAGUCAUAUGAAGGAUCAAUGAUUGAUGCUAUAGCACAAGUCCCACAGACAUUUGUUCGUGUGGAAGCACAGUCAUUGGCCACUGCAGAUGACCUACGCUUCAAGUAUUUUGUGGAAAAGACGCUACCAACGUUACAAAGAUCAGCCAUCACACAAUCUCAUACGUUGAUAUUUGUUCCAUCGUAUUUCGAUUUCGUACGGUUACGAAAUUACCUGGAGGAUAACAAGUAUUCGUGCGCGCACAUUUGCGAAUACACGCCCACUCCGCAAGUGUCGAAAGCUCGCUCUGAUUUUUUCCAUGGCCGCGCCAGUUUCGUAUUAUAUACUGAACGUUUCCACUUUUUCCGAAGAUACAAUAUCAGAGGCGCUUAUCACGUCAUAUUUUAUGGUCUACCUGAUCAUCCGCAGUUUUAUACCGAAAUUGUCAAUUACCUUGCUUUGAAAGCGGAUGCUAGUAGUGCUGAGGAAGCUACAUUUUCUUGCAGCGCUUUAUUUUCCCGAUACGAUAUGCUGAAAUUAGAAAGAAUCGUAGGCACCGACCGAGCGCGUAAGAUGUGCUCUUCUGGAAAGAAUUUAUUUGUGUUCUCAUAG